AUGCAACAUAUCAUUGACAACCAUCCAGACAUGGCAACUGCUCUGCUGGCUGGAGAGAAGUUGAAGGAACUAAUUCUGCCUGGGCCACAAGAUGACAGAGCAGGGGCCCUUGCAGCUCUCAUGGUUCAACUGAAGCUCGAACUUCCAUUUGACAGGGUAGUGACCAUUGGGACAGUCCUUAUUCCCAUUCUCCUUGUUACUUUGGUUUUCACAAAGAACUUUGCUGAGGAGCCAAUAUAUUGUUACACACCACACAACUUCACCCGGGAUCAAGCCUUGUAUGCCAGAGGAUAUUGCUGGACAGAACUUAAAGAUGCACUACCAGGGAUGAAUAGCAGCCAAUGGCCUUCGUUGUUUGAGCACAAGUUUCUUCCCUACGCUCUUUUGGCCUUUGCUGGGAUCAUGUAUAUUCCUGCACUAGGUUGGGAAUUUCUUGCCUCCACAAGAUUAACUUCAGAGCUAAAUUUUCUGCUCCAGGAAAUUGAUAACUGUUAUCACAGGGCAGCCGAGGGACGAGCCCCUAAAAUAGAGAAGCAAAUUCAAUCUAAAGGACCUGGUAUUACAGAAAGAGAAAAGAGAGAAAUAAUAGAAAAUGCAGAGAAGGAAAAAAGCCCUGAACAAAAUCUCUUUGAAAAGUACCUGGAAAGAAGAGGUCGGAGUAACUUUUUAGCCAAACUAUAUUUAGGGAGACAUUUACUCAUUAUAUUUUUAAGCAUCUUACCAAUUACAUAUUUAAGUACUUAUUAUGCAACUCAAAAACAGAAUGAAUUCACGUGUGCUCUAGGGGAACCCUAUGAUAAAACCAGCAACUCCAAGCUACAUAUACGAAUGAACUGCAAGCUACCCUCUGUGCAGCUACAACGUAUAAUUGCUUCAGUCGAUAUUUUUUUACUUAGUUUCAUGAACUUAAUUAUUCUUAUGAAUUUAAUUCAUUUGUUCAUUGUUCGAAAGUCCAAUUUCAUUUUUGACAAGUUAAACAAGGUAGGCAUAAAGACUAAGAAACAGUGGCAGAAAUCACAAUUUUGUGACAUCAAUAUACUUGCCAUGUUCUGUAAUGAAAACCGGGAUCACAUCAAAUCCCUAAAUCGUCUGGAUUUUAUCACUAAUGAAAGUGAUUUGAUGUAUGAUAAUGUUGUUCGCCAAUUGCUUGCAGCAUUGGCUCAGUCCAAUUAUGAUGCCACCCCAACAAUGCGUGAUUCAGGGUCUCAGACAGUGGACCCAAGUGUAGAUCCUGCAGACAUUGAUGUCAAUGAACAUCUUGUUAUAAAGCGACCUCGAAAGAAGAUGAAAUGGAUUCCAAGUAGCAACCCUCUGCCUCAGCCCUUUAAGGAACAACUGGCUAUAAUGAAAGUUGAGAAUGCCAAACCUGAAAAGCCUAAGCCUGUAAGACGGAAAACUGCAUCCGACAGCAUCAUAACACCUCUAACUGAAGCUUCUUCAAAGUCAUCUCCACUGUCUCAAAAAAACCACACAAGCACCAACACAGCUGAGAAAAAACAUGCUCGUCACUUUUCCUUAGAUGUCCAUCCAUAUGUUUUAAACAAUAAAAAACCCAAAUCAGAGACACAAGACAGCGCUCCUAUUGCCAUGUCUGAAAGCCAUGAGGGUGAUUUCCUAAACCAAGAGGAAAAUGCAAUUGUUCAAAUUUCAUCUUCUGUGAAAGAUACAGCAAAAGCUACUCAAGAUACUGAGAAAGAGAAUCACCCUCUCUCUGAGAGCUGUAUAGAUGUGUCUGUCUCUGGGGCAUUCCUCACCUGCACUCUCAAUCACAUGGCAACUGUGGCCUCUGCUACAUCAAGUGUUACGCUUAGCCAGGUGAAACCAGAGCCAAUGACUGUGUUUAACCGUAACCCUACUCAUCCUUUACUCCAUAUUAGCACAUUAUAUGAAGAUCAUGAAGACCAGGUCACCAGCUUGAUAGAUAGAGAUCACUCUUCUCCUGACCCGGAAGAAAUUAUUUCUGUAAUCCCACCAAAACAGGUUAUAUUGACCCCUUUUGUUGAGCCCAGGGCCAUAAUACGUUCCAUGGAUUACUAG